AUGCGAAGCACCGACACUGAACUCGCUAGCAUCGGAUCUUUGCCAACUCACAGAGCCGAAUGCUGCCACCGUGCUGGAUUCCUUGAAGAGGCGCUACCUUCAGAAUGUGAUCCA